GAACUUUAUUAAAUUUGAUUCUCAAUCUUGUCAAUCUAAUUUACGUUCCCAAACCUAUAAAACCCCAACAAACCCUCUAAUUAGAGAUUUAAUAAAAAAUGACAAUGCAGUAUGCGAACAGCUGACAAUUGUUUACAUGAAAAUUAUCGAUCGAUGCUAGAAAAGUCGAUUUUUGUUAGCCCAAAAGCAACAAAGAUUUUGUUUUUAAUUUUUUAAUGUUGGAAAAUUGAAAUAUUUUGUUAAAAUUUUAUCGUUAAAAUGUGAAUAAAGCUGAGCUUGUCGUGAUUUAAUAGGAAUUAUCUUCCAAUUUCAUCGAUUCACUGUGAAAAUUCAUUUUUUCAUUUGAGGAAAAUUCUUCCUCCAUGAAAAAAAAUAUGGAAGAAGGGAAAAUUGUUGAAAUGGAGUAUGGAAAAAUGAAAAUUUUAUUUUUUGGAAUUUUCACAGCAAAAAUGAAGUGCCAAUAAAAUUUUAAAAUAAAAGAGUUAUUUAUCGACAAAAUUAAGUUAUAAUAAAAAUGCUAGGGAGAAAAAUGUCAAUAAAGCAAGAUACAAUUCUUGCUGACUAUGGGAAUGAGGAACUUCUCAAUGAAAGCGCUGAUGUUGAAUGGGUUAAUAGGCUUUGGGUACGACGUCUCAUGCGAUUUUGUGCGCUCGUAUCCCUCCUCUCAGUAUGCCUCAAUACGCCAAAAACAUUCGAAAGAUAUCCACCGUUAAAAUUUAUUACACUAGUAUGCGACUCUUUAGUCACGUUACUAUACACAGCAGAGAUGAUAACGAAAAUCUCAAUUAGAGGAUUCUUAAAGGGUGAAAAGCCAUAUUUAAGAAGUCGAUGGUGUCAAUUUGAUGCUAGCAUGUGCUUCUUCCUUUGGGUCUCGAUUAUCUUACAAGUUCUUGAGAUUUUUGCUUUCGUGCAGAAAUUUUCAUCGCUGUCGAUUUUGAGAUCACCAAGACCUUUGAUCAUGAUUCGAUUCUUGAGAGUAUUUUUGAAGUUUUCUAUGCCAAAAAGCAGGAUUAAUCAAAUUUUCAAGCGUUCGAGUCAACAGAUUUACAAUGUAACUCUGUUCUUCAUCUUUUUCAUGGCCCUUUAUGGACUGCUUGGUGUUCAAUUCUUCGGCGAAUUAAAAAGUCAUUGUGUCUUAGAAGGAACGAAUGUUUCAUUACAUCCACUAUCGAUCAAUGAUCUUGCAAUUCCUGACACAUUCUGCUCAAUGAAACCAGAAUCAGGAGGAUAUAAAUGUCCAACAGGAAUGAAAUGCAUGAAGACAGAUUUUCUGUCCAGCUAUGAGCAAGGCUAUCAAGGAUUUGAGGAAAUUUUCACCAGUGUCUUCACUGUCUAUCAAGCUGCAUCACAGGAAGGAUGGGUCUUCAUCAUGUAUCGUGCAAUCGACUCACUUCCAGCAUGGCGUGCAGUCUUCUACUUUAGUACAAUGAUCUUCUUCCUUGCAUGGUUGGUCAAGAAUGUUUUCAUUGCUGUCAUCACAGAAACAUUCAAUGAAAUUCGUGUCCAAUUCCAACAAAUGUGGGGAGUAAGAAGUCAGAUACAAAAUAGUAGUGCAUCACACACGCUUAUUGGAGAUGAUAGUGGAUGGAAGUUAAUAACAAUCGAUGACUCAAAACAUGGAUCAGCCAAUGAAACAUGCCACAGGAUUAUCAAGUCGUCGUAUUUUAGAACAAUCGUAAUGACUGUUAUUUUAGCAAAUGGAUUAGUAAUGGCAACAAUGACUUUCAAGCACGAUGGAAGGCCACGAGAAGUAUUUUAUGAAAAAUAUUACUACAUCGAAAUUAUCUUUACAAUCUUCUUUGAUCUUGAGACAAUUUUCAAAGUUUGGUGUCUUGGAUUUCGUGGAUAUUUAAAGCACUCAAUACAUAAAUUUGAACUACUAUUAGCCAUUGGAACAUCAUUGCAUAUCAUUCCAUUGUUCUAUUUAUCAGUAUUAACGUACUUCCAAGUUUUACGAGUAGUUCGUCUCAUUAAAGCAUCGCCGAUAUUAGAAGGUUUCGUCUACAAAAUCUUCGGACCUGGCAAGAAGCUCGGAUCACUGAUAAUAUUCACUAUGUGCUUGCUGAUUAUCAGUUCUAGUAUUUCAAUGCAAUUGUUCUGCUUCCUAUGUGACUUUACUAAGUUUGAAUCCUUUCCCGAGGCAUUCAUGAGUAUGUUCCAGAUUCUCACGCAGGAAGCAUGGGUUGAAGUUAUGGACGAGACAAUGAUAAGAACGCCAUUGAAACUCACACCACUUGUUGCUAUAUACUUUAUACUCUAUCACUUGUUCGUCACACUCAUCGUGUUGAGCUUGUUCGUCGCUGUCAUCUUAGACAACUUGGAACUUGACGAGGAUAUAAAGAAAUUGAAGCAGUUAAAGUUCAGAGAACAGAGUGCAGAAAUUAAAGAGACAUUGCCAUUCCGAUUGAGGAUUUUUGAAAAAUUUCCAGACUCUCCACAAAUGACAAUUUUACAUCGAAUUCCUUCCGAUUUUACACUUCCAAAAGUUCGAGAAUCUUUUAUGAAAAAUUUUGUCAUUGACAUGGAGCAAGAUGAGUUCUCAGAAGGAUAUAAGAAGCCAGUUUCAGAAGUAUGGGAAUCACAUAUUGGAUUUAGAAAGCAAAGACCAUUAAGAUUGAUGUCUAGAACACUAAAAGUAAGAUCAAUUGGACCGAAUUUGAAAAAGUCAGCAAUUACUCAUAUUAUAAAUGAUUCAAAUAAUCAGAGAUUGAUGUUAGGUGAUUCAGCUAUGCUUCCAGUCACUGGAGUUAAAAGUGGACUUAAAUCUCAAGGAACAAUCCAAACUAAAGCAGGAUGGAGAGUAGAUCAGAAGAAAUUUGGGUCAAGGUCAAUUCGUAGGAGUGUCAGAAGUGGGUCAAUCAAGUUAAAGCAAACGUAUGAACAUUUAAUGGAGAAUGGAGAUAUAGGAGCAGCUACUCGAGUUACAACAAGAGUUCGUCCACAUGACUUGGAUAUAAAAUUAUUGCAAGCUAAAAGGCAACAAGCAGAAAUGAGGAGGAACCAGAGAGAAGAGGAUUUGAGAGAAAAUCAUCCAUUUUUCGACACUCCACUUUUUGCCAUUCCACGAGAGAGUCGAUUCCGUAAAAUAUGUCAAAAAAUUGUUCAUGGAAGGUACAAUGCACCAACAAAGGAUCGUAAAGUUCAAUACAAAACACUUCAUAAUUUCUUGGGACUUGUCACUUAUCUUGACUGGACUAUGAUUUGGGUCACAACACUUUCAUGUAUCAGCAUGAUGUUUGAGGAUCCUCAUUAUCGUGUCAUGGAUCAUGUCUCAUUACAAAUGGCUGAAUAUAUCUUUGUCAUCUUCAUGGCCCUUGAAAUAUCAUUAAAGAUUUUAGCAGACGGACUAUUCUUCACACCAAAAGCCUACAUAAAAGAUGUUGCUGCAUUGCUCGAUGUCUUUAUAUUUUCUGUAUCAGCAGGUUUCUUAUUUUGGAUGCCAAGACAAGUCCCGAGCGGUUCACCAGCACAAUGGUUGAUGAUUUUACGAUGUGUACGUCCAUUGAGAAUAUUUACAUUAGUUCCACAUAUGAGGAAAGUGGUCUAUGAAUUGUGUAGAGGUUUCAAAGAGAUUUUACUCGUAUCCACAAUGUUGAUCAUGUUGAUGUUCGUUUUUGCAAGUUACGGAGUCCAGUUAUAUGGAGGCAGACUUGCCCGUUGUAAUGAUCCAACAAUUCAAAAACGAGAAGAUUGUGUUGGAGUCUUCAUGAGACGAGUUUUUGUUACUAAGAUGAAGCUGUCACCCAGAGCAAAUGAAAGUUAUCCAGCAAUGUUAGUUCCUCGUGUUUGGGCGAAUCCAAGAAGAUUCAAUUUCGAUUCUAUUGGAGAUGCAAUGUUGGCACUAUUUGAAGUCCUUUCGUUCAAAGGAUGGCUUGAUGUUCGAGAUAUUCUUAUAAAAAUGCUUGGUCCAAUGCAUGCUAUUUAUAUCCACAUCUAUAUUUUCUUAGGAUGCAUGAUUGGCCUGACAUUGUUCGUAGGCGUUGUAAUUGCAAAUUAUUCCGAGAACAAAGGAACAGCACUAUUAACAGUCGAUCAAAGACGUUGGUGUGACUUGAAAAAGAGACUGAAGAUUGCCCAGCCAUUGCAUUUGCCGCCAAGACCAGACGGGAAGCAAUUUAGAGCAUUUGUCUAUGACAUUACACAACAUAUUGCAUUCAAACGGUUGAUUGCUGUCUCAGUGUUACUUAAUUCCGCAUUACUUUGCAUAACAUGGAUUAAGGAUGAUACGCAGACAGAGAGUUUAGUUAUGGUCAGCAUAGUGCUGAAUAUGAUUUUCGUAUUUGAAGUUGUUAUGAAAAAUAUUGCAUUCACGAUCCGUGGAUAUUGGCAGUCAAGACGAAAUCGGUAUGAUUUGACAGUCACAGUUCUUGGAAUUGUUUGGAUAACUAUGCAGCUAUUGAUAGGAAAUGAACUUACGUACUUCUUAGGAUGCAUGGUUGUGAUUUUGAGAUUCUUCACAAUCACUGGCAAGCACUCAACCUUAAAAAUGCUGAUUCUUACUGUUGCUGUAUCCGUCUGCAAGUCAUUCUUUAUUAUUUUCGGAAUGUUCCUCCUCGUCUUCUUCUAUGCACUAGCUGGAACCAUCUUAUUUGGCACAGUAAAGCAUGGAGAACAAAUUGGACGUAGAGCAAAUUUUGGAACUCCAAUAACUGGAGUUGCUAUGCUUUUCCGAAUUGUCACAGGCGAAGAUUGGAAUAAAAUUAUGCACGACUGUAUGAUACAGCCUCCUUACUGCACACCUGGUCCGAAUUUCUGGGAGACAGAUUGUGGAAAUUUUUCAGCAAGUCUUGUCUAUUUCUGCACAUUCUAUGUCAUCAUCACUUAUAUCGUACUUAACCUUCUUGUCGCUAUUAUUAUGGAGAACUUUUCAUUAUUUUACUCGAAUGAAGAAGACGCACUGCUGUCUUAUGCUGACAUCAGAAAUUUUCAAAACACAUGGAAUAUUGUUGACAUUCAUCAACGCGGAGUGAUUCCAGUGCGACGAAUCAAGUUCAUUUUAAGAUUGUUAAAAGGUCGCUUGGAAGUCGAUCCACAAAAGGAUAGAUUACUAUUCAAAUACAUGUGCUAUGAGCUGGAUAAGUUACAUAAUGGCGAAGAUGUCACCUUCCAUGAUGUCAUUAAUAUGCUCUCAUAUCGUUCAGUUGACAUAAGAAAGUCACUUCAGCUUGAGGAAUUAUUGGCACGAGAAGAGCUGGAAUAUAUAAUAGAGGAGGAAGUGGCGAAACAAACAAUUCGGUCGUGGCUUGAGAACUGCAUGAAGAAAAUUCGUGCUAAUAAUGCGAAACAACAGCAGUCAAAUUCAUUGAUGGCUGGAUUACGUGCAACGAAUGAAAUAAUUCCAAAAAAUGAAUAUAUUGAGGAGAAGAAAGAUAAAGAAGCCGAAGCUGAAGCAGAAGUUAAGGAAGUUGAUAAAAAUCGAGGAAAGAAGGCACCACCAACUAGAACAGAACUAAGUCGGUCAGAUUCAACGGGAAGUGGUCGAAAAUUCUUAGCACCAACAUUAUCAGAUCCACAAGCUCGAGCAAAUAAGGAUCGAUUUCCAGAUAGUAAGAAAAAGGCUGUUAAGCCAACAAUGAAAGCUCAGCACUUACCACAUUUGACCGAAAUGUCACAUCAUCUGUCCUUUCAUCAUCAGCACCAUCCAGUUCAUGGAAAUAUUAUGGAACAGCCGCACAAUGUUACAAAUCAUAAUGUCAAUCUAGCAUUUGAAGUUCAUGAUUGGUGGUCUGAACAGAUUAUUUUCCAAGAAUCUAGCGAUGAAGAAUCUUAAAUUGUACUUACUAAGCCUAGUCGUUCUUGUAGGUAUCUAAACUAAUAAAAUGAAGUUAAUUAAUAUGAAAUUUGUAGAGAAAGUUAACAAAAAAAAACAGAGAAUUAUGAUUAAAAUUAAUUUAAUGUCAUUAAAUGUCGUGAGCCUCAAAAAAUUACCAGUAUUAUCGUAGAUUAACCUAAUGGAACUAAAAGGUAUGAAAAUCCGAUAAACGAUUAUCAUUUCUAGUCAUGUUUACAAUGAAACGUUAAAUGCCAAAGUAUUAAAAUUUUAUAUAUUUGAUUUUUUAAUUACGAUAAUUUUCUUAUAUAUAUUUUAUUUUACACAAAGAAAAGAAAUGUUAAGCUGUUUAAGAUUGUUUUAUUAACAAAGAAAAAAGCCCUACGAAAAGUAAUGCGAAAUUUUAUGUGAAAAGAAGUUAUUAAAAUUAUGUAUAGAUGUUGAACAGUGAAGAAAUAACAAUAAAAUUGCG